CAUCUGCAAAUUGAGAAGCACACAAGGAAUUAUGGCUUUGGUCCAAACCCAAACAGUGAACGAAGGGCCAUUGUUUGCUGAAGUGGAAAUGGCAGGUGAUUCUUCUGCCCCAACUGUCCGUGCCACAGUAGUUCAGGCCUCCACAAUCUUCUAUGACACCCCUGCUACUCUUGAUAAGGCUGAGAGGCUGCUUGCCGAAGCGGCUUCUUAUGGUUCUCAGCUGGUGGUGUUUCCUGAAGCAUUUAUUGGUGGUUAUCCACGUGGAUCAACAUUUGGUGUCUCAAUUGGGAAUCGGACAGCCAAAGGGAAGGAGGAGUUUCGCAAAUAUCUGGCUUCGGCCAUUGAUGUGCCAGGUCCUGAGGUUGAUCGUCUGGCAGCAAUGGCUGGAAAAUACAAGGUGUACUUGGUGAUGGGUGUUAUUGAGAGAGAUGGAUACACACUAUAUUGCACAGUGCUUUUCUUCGACUCUCAGGGUCACUACCUUGGAAAGCAUCGUAAGCUAAUGCCAACAGCAUUGGAACGGAUACUCUGGGGUUUCGGGGAUGGAUCAACAAUUCCAGUUUAUGACACUCCAAUUGGAAAAAUUGGUGCUGCAAUAUGUUGGGAGAACAAAAUGCCACUUCUAAGGACCGCUAUGUAUGCUAAAGGCAUUGAGAUAUAUUGUGCACCUACAGCUGAUUCUAGGGAAGUGUGGCAGGCAUCGAUGACUCACAUCGCCUUGGAAGGCGGUUGUUUUGUUUUAUCGGCCAAUCAGUUCUGUAGAAGGAAAGAUUAUCCACCUCCACCGGAAUAUGUUUUUUCCGGCACAGAAGAUGACCUUACACCAGAUUCCGUUGUUUGUGCUGGUGGUAGUGUAAUUAUAUCACCAUCAGGGGCUGUUCUGGCAGGACCAAAUUAUGAAGGGGAGGCACUCAUCUCAGCUGAUCUAGAUCUGGGAGAAAUAGCGCGAGCCAAGUUUGAUUUCGAUGUGGUUGGGCACUAUGCGAGACCUGAAUUUCUUAGCUUGAUCGUGAGGGAUCAUCCGGUGUGCCCUGUUAGUUUCACUUCUACAUCUAGUACUAGCAAGGCAGAGAGCUCUCCCAAAUGAAGACGGCCUUGUCACCAUAGCAUCUACUAUGUUAGAGAGCCGUCCCGAAUAAUCAGAACCUCUUGGCUGAUCGUGUAAGCUCGAGGUGACAAAAUUGCCACCUCUAUCAGCAAAGGUUGUAUAGUAGUCCUUUUGUUCUAUAACUCAAUGUGUUUUAACUGUAUGAGAAACAUGUUGAUAUUCAGUCCUGGUUAAUGAAAAUCCAGUCUGUUGUUUCU